GUGCUCACCGUCUUGGGAGAAUCGGCUGGUGAUUUACUGGCUUACUAUUAGCGUGUGGAUGCGCAGGGGAAGUCACCUUAGAUGGCUUCCAAAUUAUUCCUCUUGCUGGUUCUCUCCAUGCUGAUUGUGUACAGCGCAGCAACAUUUGGCAAGGAACAUGUGCACAUAAGAAUUCAUCUACCAGAAGAGUCUCAUGGCAAAGAAGAACACCACGAUGAUGGCGGACACGGCGGUGGUGGCUUCGGCGGUGGAUUUGGCGGCGGUGGUGGCCACGGUGGUGGUUACGGCGGAGGCGGUGGUUUCGGAGGUGGCCAUCAUGGAGGAGGCGGUGACGAUCACCACGGUGGUGGCGGAGGAGGCUAUGGAGGCGGCGGUGGUUUCGGAGGAGGUUUUGGCGGCGGUGGCGGUGACCAUCACGGCGGCGGAGGCGGUUCUGGAUACGGCGUAAGCGGCCCAGGCGCCGAUGACCAUCACUCGGGCGGAGGAGGUGGGCACGGAGGUGGAUUUGGCGGCGGAUUUGGCGGUGGAUUUGGAGGAGGUUUUGGAGGAGGUGGUGGACAUGAUGAUCAUCACGGUGGAGGAGGAGGAGGAGGAGGUGGCUAUGGCGGUGGAGGCGGAGGUGGAUUUGGAGGCGGACACGACGAUCAUCAUGGCGGAGGUGGAGGUGGAGGAGGAUACGGCGGCGGAGGAGGCGGUGGAUUUGGAGGAGGACAUGAUGAUCACCACGGCGGCGGCGGAUAUGGUGGCGGAGGCGGUGGAGGAUUUGGGGGAGGACAUGAUGAUCACCACGGCGGCGGUGGAGGAGGUGGAUUUGGAGGAGGUCACGGCGGAGGAUACGGAGGCGGAGGUGGUUUUGGAGGAGGAUUUGGAGGACAUGACGAUCAUCAUGGAGGAGGAGGAGGAGGAGGUGGAUUUGGCGGAGGUCAUGGAGGAGGUCAUGGCGGGGGUGGCGGAGGAGGUGGCUAUGGUGGUGGUCACGGAGGCGGAUUCGGCGGUGGACAUGGCGGUGGCCACGGAGGUGGUCAUGGCGGCGGCGGUGGAGGAGGAUAUGGCGGAGGUCAUGGCGGAGGAGGAGGCUAUGGCGGAGGAGGAGGUCAUGGGGGAGGAGGAGGCCACGGGGGUGGAUUUGGAGGAGGAUUUGGUGGAGGCCACGGAGGCGGAGGUGGGGGCUAUGGAGGAGGCGGCGGUCAUGGCGGAGGAGGAAGCAGCGGAUGGAGUGCCAUUUCAGGAGGAGGUGGUGGUUACGGAGGAGGUGGUCACGGUGGUGGUGGCGGACACGGCGGCGGCGGCUACCACAAGAAGUAACUUUAUUGCAUAUUAUCAGCAAACGACAUCAACACAAUGUGAGCACAUCAAUAACACAUCUAGUUCAUUAUAAUUAAGUUAUUACAUGAUAGACUUUAGUUUCGAGGCGUCCAAUUUUGCGGAGGUCUCAAGCAUUCCUUUGUACAUAUUUCUAUUGUUAUUUUUGUUAAUAUAUUGUUUUAAUUAUG